AUGCAGGACCUCCAAAUGCAAGAUCCAAACGACCACCGCAACCGUAAUCCUUUCGAGGUGGAGCGACAGCGGCUUGAAGGAGUCAAUGCUGGUGAACAAGAGGAUGAAAUUGACUGCAUGGUGGGCGGUCAACAGCAUAUUGGAGAUGUUGAAACAGGUGAUUAUGAUCCGGCACUGCUAGAGCAACCUCUAGAUCAUGAGCAGGCGUCAAAUAAGCGGAUGCUAGACAGCACCACUUCCGACGACGCUGACUACGAUUUUGACCAGGAGCUGGAUCUGGACCAGAUGCAAAUUCAGGUAGACGAAAACUGCUCCUCUGCAGGCACGAGGACCACUGGUUGUACUAUGGCAAGUAGUACAACAAGCAGCAACAACUCCGGGGGCGGUCGCUCCGACAAGGAGGCUGCGGAUAUUGCGCAGCUCGUGUCUGACUGUUUCAGUUUCGACCCGGCAAAAGACAAAACCUCGUCCCUCGAGGAGGACAAAAUAUUAAAUUUGGAGCAGGAACAAGAAAAUCAUAAGCAAUCCAGCAGCAAGAAGAAGAUUUCCACCGAACAAUUGUACACCCCGUCCGCACAGCCGGUGCUAAAACCCUCAACAUCUUCGAAGCCUUCCUCUGCGCAGCGGUCCCCGGCGGUGUCACCGCCGGCGGCGAUGAACGAGGAGCAGAUGAAGAUCACGGAGUGGCUGUUCAAGAGUUGCGUCGGCAUUCCGCAUAUCAACUGCAAAAAUGUCUGGGUCUGGGAGAUUGCGAGAUAAUUUGUCAUGCUAGUCUGGCAUGACUCUGAACUCUGUGUUGCAUGUUGGCCGCGAAGAGCCCCUCCUCCUUGUCAUGCAAAAACGCAGUUUCUCAUGCGGAAUAGCAACUCAGAAACAUGAAAAAAACUUGUCAUGCUUGGCAGCGCAUUAUAGUGAGUUCACUCUUCCCUUUCUUGCAUCACAAGUUUCCAGACCCAGACAUUUUUGCAUUUGAUACCGCAGCGGACCAGCAUUUCGCCCUCGGUGUCCGUGUCGCCGAAUUUGAACAACGGGAACAAGUAUCAAAUGCAAAUACUUAUGUCUGGGUCUGGAAGAAUGCAAACUUGUGAUGCGCAUUCCAGAACACAGAAAAAUCUCUCAUGCCUAGGCAGCAAAAGUUGCCCACUUUCUGUCUCGAAAGUCAGGGACUUGUCAUGCGGAUUCGGCAUUGCGGGAGCUUCUCGAAACCUGUGAUGCUAGAGCUUCCACGCCAGACCUUUUGCGUCAUGCAAAAACAGCAUGACUCUUCCAGACCCAGACAUUUUUGCAGUUGAUAACAAGAGCGGUCGUGGCAAUAGCAAGAAGAGCGGCGUCAAUUCUACUGCUGGUGGAGGUGGAAGCUGCUCCUCUUCUUCAAAUCCAGCCGCGGAUCGGAACAACGCCAAUCUGAGUGCAACGGAAAUGAACAACAUCAUGACGCUGCUAUGGCGUUCUCAACUGUUACAUUCUCAACUGUUACAUGAAUUUGUGAUGCAAGAAUGGCAAAAGUGAUAGGGGGGAUCUUGCGCGUCUUGCAUGACAGAUUUGGAACCGAUUGUCAGCCUGUUUGGCCCUCUGAGAAUUUGUCAUGCGAAGCAGCUUGAUGGUGACGAUUCUGAAGGCAAUUUUGCAUGACAAAUCAUGUAACAGUUGAGAAUGUAACGUUUGAGAACGCCAUAGCUGCUCACCGGCGGAUGCAACAAGACUAGUACCAGUAGAACUACUGCAGGAGCAAAUACUAAGCGGAACAAUGCCGCAGGAACAAGUAGUAAGAUCUCAUCCAAGAACACAGCAAAUUCCAACAGAUCCUCGAGAAGCAGUGUCGUUGUCCAGAAACAGCGCAGCCUGCAGCAGGCAUCAGGCCCGACUGCGGACGAAUUCGAUCCUGCAGCGAUACCGAUGGUCGGGGGCGGCGGGGAAAGCCAGGAGCAUUCUUCCGAUUCGAACGGAGCAGUAGAGCACCGAAACGGGGGCUCUCCAGCAAUACUGGAGAUCCCAGCCGGAGCAACGACCACAGGCGAUCUGGAUUUGGACGCGAUUCUCGGUCUGACUGCGGCGCGCCAGCAGCAGCUGCAGCAAUACGCCAACUACAAAAACAGUAUUUCAUCUUCAAGUUUAAUACCAGGGUCGUCGCAGCAUCAUCAACAGCACUCGUCGAACAAGCAAAAUCAGAAUUUGAUCAGUUUCAAACUGAACAAAACAGUGUCCAGCUGUUCUUCCGGGUCCACUGCCUGCAGUUCUGGUGGUUCUAUGUCCACUGCGUCCAGCACCCUGGUGGACAGCGCUCGAACCACUCCGCAAGGUGCGCACGUAAUUCACGGGACGACCCUGGAAACGCAGGAACAGGUGCAGCAGUUUUUGUUGAACGUGGGCGCGGGUGCCGCGUCGGUGCCCGUCCAGAACGUCGUCUCCGUGUCUCCGGUGCUGGUCAGCACCGAGAAUGGAUUGAUGCAGGUGAUUGACGGCACAACAAGAAGCGGGGCAGCUUCAUCAACAACAUCUUCCGGGGCUCCUGCACCGGGAGGUACAGCUGCACCGGUACAACAUCAAGUUCUUGCAAAUCUAGUUCGCCAACCGAGCAAAAACAGCAAUAAAACGAAGCAGGUGAUCGCGCUCGGCGGGGGUGGAUCUGGUGGUGCAAAGAAACAGAAGGUCGAAGAGGUACAGCAAGUAGGGGUUGUUCAACAUCCACAACUUCCUCGUGGAGCAGGACAACUGAUCCUACACCCACCUCCUCCGGGAACAAGCACUGCUGCUAUCAGUAUGCUCCAGCAGCACCAGGAUCUUCAGCUUCAGCGCACACACUCGCAGUCCAACGUGUCGAUGAUAUCAACCACCGCUUCCUCAACCUUCACCCAAACCGUCGAGGAGUACCACCGCGAGGCGGACAAGUACUCAGAGGAGUGGAAGAAAAAUCUUUUUCUCUCCCCCCCGCCGGAAUCCCGGUUCGAGUGCUCCAUGCAGGGAACGGACAUGAACGACCAGAAGAUGGCCACGUUCCACAAGUGGCUGAAUGAGAUUCUCAUCGGGGUCACGCAGUCCAGAGGGCCCCUAGUGAAUGCGAUGGUCGAUUUCUCGGGGAACCCCGACCUGACCGACAUGGCUCUGCGGAAGUUGCUCGUGGUGUUGAAGCGAUCCAAAGUGCACGUGAAAAAGCUGGUUUUGAACAAAACCGGGAUUUCGGACGUCUCGAUGCAAAAUUUGUUGAACUUCCUCACCCCGAAGAACAAUAGUGGUCAACAGCACAACGCUGGGGUCGAAGGUGGAAUUCUUUCGUCGUCGCAAAACCAGCAGCACCAGCGGCCGAUCGAGCACAUCUGCUUCGAGAGUUGCCCGAACGUGACGGAAAACGGGGUCUUAAUCCUAUUACGACACUUCGACCAGAACCCGCUCUACCCAGUCCGGAAACUGUUGGACAACAAGCACGGAAAGCAGGACGUGCAAUACGAGUCGGUCAACGUUCAAGCGAAGGCGUGCGAGAACAUGAACUACGUGAAUUUGUUCAACCGCAUCCAGAUGGUAUCCACAGAAAAAAACCCAUCCACAUACAUUUUUUGCAUGACAAACACAGAGUCGUCGAAAACCGGAGUAAGAGGGGCCGUCGGACCGGGAAAUCGCUUGCUGGUUAAUAUGUAUGCGUGACAAGCUGGCUGCGUUUUGCAUUCGUGGCAGUCCAGGAAAGAGGAAGAACUAGUGAAGCGAUCGGAUCGACGAGGUGCGUCAGGGGGCGUCACUCAUUCAUUCAUUCAUUCAUGUAUGUUUUGCAUGACAAAUUGGAUGUGGAUGGGUGUUUUUUCCUGGAUAGAUGGAGACGAAGUUGUCCUAUUGCUUCGACGACCGCAUCGCGUACAACAGGAACCCGCUCAAGUGUCCGGUGCUGAUGUUCUCCGGCGGUCUAAACCCGGGGUACACAGGGGGAGCUGGAAGGAACAAUCUACAUCCCAAUAGUGCAACUACGGCUACCUCUACGGCGGCGGGGGUCCUUCUUGCGCAGCAACAUCAGAACAUGAUCGGAGCUGCGCCAGGUGCAGCAGGUGGUCUACAAAACUACAACCAUCUUCCCGGAGGUUAUAAUCUUCCACCACCGCAGCUACAGGCCCAGUUCCAAAAUGUCUACACGGGCGCGAUUGUGGGCACGGUUCCCAUUGGACCUGAGCUCCACCACCUGGGCACGACGACUUCUACACUAAGUUCUUUCGGAGGAAUGCAACACCAGCUUCAUGCAGCGCAGCAAAACCACAGCUCCUACGGCAGUCAGACAAGAAGUUGCGCGAACCAUGUCGACCCAAGCGCUAGCACUGCUGCUGGCACUACUGCAGCAGCUACCCGAACUACUACACCGGAUCUCGAGGAUCAGGACCCCUUGAAGGCGGUGCAGGACAUCAUCGGCGAGAUCAGCUCGAGUACGAAGGCCGGUGGCAAGAAUACUAAAGGCGGGCGGGGGAAAGACGGUGCAUCUGGCGUCAAUGCCACCGCCUUCCCCGGUGGAGGAGAUCGCGGUACCGGGAAAGAUUCCCAUUCCGCCGGCUGUACUAAUGGCGGGCGGUACCGCGCGAACAGCCACUGUCUGCAGAUGGGCGAUACCAUCGGCCCGCCGCCGGGCAAGGGCGCGGUGGUGUCCGGAGGGAAGAUCUACUACUCGACGCCAGCACCGGUGCAGGGGAAUGGUAUAAGUACAUAGUUGUUGAUAUUUCAUCUCAUAUCACAGUACACAGGCUAAUAUAAGACGCCCCUGAAUAAAUAACUAAGUGAGUACUUACAAACGCUUAUGCCCAUAGAGUUAGGACUGGGUUUGUUUCCAGUUUAGAAGACCAGGAAAGGAGCAGGACAGCUAUCCGCCUAGAUGAUAUGUAGAAUAGCGCGUGCGCUCGGUUUUGUGCCCAUUUGUCGGUUGCUUAGAUAACUUUUGAAAAUGUCGGCUCAACUUCUGGAUUGGUGAGUUGUUGUCACCAAGAUCCGCAAUAAAAACAGUUCGAUCUUGAGGUUCUUUCCGACUUUCUGUUAUUGUGACUUUCUGUUUUCUGUUGAUGGUCUGAGUUUUUCGUUUUUGCGCGAUCCUUUUUUUGUUUUCCUCGAGGUCGAGCGAGGAUACUUUUGUCCUCGAUACGUUUUUCAUUUUUGUUUUCCACCGUGUGGACUUUUAUCCUGUUUGUCACGUUUUGCUUUUGCUUGGUUCUUGUUUUCUUUCUUGCAGCUCCCUCUGAAUGAUCUUCAGUACCGGCGUGACGUAGCGCACAGACCAAACCCGCAACUGCCCAGGAGGGAAGAUUCGCAUUACCAACGCAGCAGAUUAUGAACCAGGGAGAUGAGUGCGAUCAUCAUCAUGCUUAUGAUGAACAUGAACUGUGAGACAAGGCUGUUGAUGACCAAGAAGUCCAAGAGCACGUGAUCAUCAUUCUCAUCAGAUUUGAAACAAAUUUACCACAAUAGUUCCGCGCCACAACCUGAACCACCACGGAUCAUCCGCUUCGUCCUACGGCUCAUAUCAACAUCACUCUACUGCGGCCUGUGCGGCCUCAACCUCCACGACUUUUCGGGCACCGACCGGCUCCCCGCAUCACCACGCGUCGUCGAGUUCCUCAAGCUCUCUGUUCGGAGGACCAUGCGCAAGUGGCCAGGCACAUGAAGAUGAUCAACACCACGAAAGUAGCGCCGGGUUUUUUCCGCAUGGAGAUCCUCAACAUGAACAUGCUAGUGGAGACCAACAUCAUUUUUCUUUGUCUCGUGGCGUUCCCCACGGUGUUCAGCCUCAACAUUCUCGCGGAGCAAACAUGAAUCGCAGUCGCGGGCGCUCUCGCUCGCGCAUGCGCGGUCGGAGUCAUGCGCGUGGAACAAGAGCACCAGGACGAGGUGGAAUCUUCGGGAACCAGCUGCAGGGACAGCAUCCUCAACAAAAUGGUUCCAGCAGGAGUCGCGGCGGUAAUAGGUCCAACAGCAACAUCAAGUUUGUACCAGAAUUAUCUUCUCGGAGUGGGACGAGUACAACUGUCCCAGGCGUUGCUUCUUCGUCGAGCAGCGGUAAUAGAGGGUCGGCACGUCAGGAUCUGGGUUUGUUGCGCGAGGAGUUCCAGUUUAUGGAGAAUGAACACGAGGAGGAUGUUGACCACCUUGGCACGACCAGCAACACCGGCUACAGCGCAGGGAUGAUGUUGAAGGGAGCAGCUUCAGCCGAGCAACACGAAGAAGAAGAGUAUGACCCGUUUUCCAUGACACCUUAUGAGUCGAAGCUGCUCGAUAAGGAAAUUCAGCUGAUGAAGAUGGAAGAGCGGAUGAAGGAACUAGAACGGGAAAAUCAACAGAAGAGCAGCGGCGGUGGUGUUUCUAUUUCCUCUUCUAGUACUAUUCAACAUGGCACAGCGAGUAACACCAGCACGAACACGCCGCGACAUGGGGCGGCGGGUGAUCUAGCGCUUGCCCAGGCUGCAGCGGCGCAGCAACAACAGCAGAACCGGAAGUACGAGCAGCUGUUGCUCGAGCAGCUGGUGCUUCGGAAGCGCGAACAGGAACAGCUGAAGAUGAAAAGCCAGGAGUUGGAGCUGUUGCAAUCGAGACUGGGGUCGUUCGUCGCUGCGGGCGGCGGGAUCAUGAAUAAAACAGGUGGAGCAGCACCAGCGGUUGGGGCGGGAGCAGCAACAGCAUCUUCCUCGUCGGCGUCUACUACUGAGCUGGAGCCGCAAAGCGGUAAUGGACAACAACUUCAACAAGCGUCCGCAGCCAGCAGAGCGGACGUUGUGAACGUGACCCGAACACUGGCGCGGAAGUGGAUCAACCCCCAGAGCUUGUCCGUCGACGAAGACAGUUUGAAAUGCCUGCCGUUUGUGAAAAAGGGAAAACUAGUGCGCAAAGUGAAGGAGAUCACAAGUCCAGAAGACCCUCAACCGCAAAUCAAUCCCAUCACGUCCAUAGCGGAAGAACAGGAGGAGGACGUAAACGAGGAGGAUUUGGACGGAGUGCCGCUUGAAGAUCAUCAUGCCGUGGAGGUGAACAUCAACAACAACAUCGAGACUGGGUCACAACCUCCAACGAGCGGAGAGGUGGACAUCAAGAUAAUUGGUGAAGGUGACGUUGAAAUGAAGGAGGUCAAGCAGACGUCUCCGCCCCUUUCCACCACAACCACCCGAACUUCUUCUACCACCUGCACGAGCAUCGACCACUCUUACUCGGAGGGCGGCGACGGAGGGAGUUCUUUUACGGAACACGACAACUCUGGACUCUUGCAGAAAUCGCCCGAAGAUCUUCUGGACCAGAAUCUAAAUCGUGAGGAUCACGAUCAUCUCCAAAGGCAGAGUCUCAACUCGGUCGGUGGCGAGGAAGGAACUAGUGAAAAGCAAGACGUCGAACAAAACCAAAACGAGAACGCCCAUGCCAAUCCCUUCCACAUCAAUAAUGCUUUCCUUGAAGUCGUCAACCAGAUGAAAACUACUUCCAGCAAAAGCGCGUGCUCUCCAGACUUGGAGCAGAGUGUGAGUUUCACGGCGAGUAGUUCGACGAACGCGACGAAGUCCUCGACGACGCAGCAGCCGAGCUUCACUGGACCACCUGGACAGGCAGAACCGCAAAAGAACAAAUCGGAGGAAAAAAAAAUGCACCAGGACCUGCGGAUCCAGAAACCGACCACCACAACCGUUCUGGAGUUCGACAACAAGAAACACGACGGCACCACUGUCAUCCCCCCGGUGAUGAUUCGGAACGCUUCGUCGAUUGUCCCCGUUGAGGAGCGGAUGUCGAAGGAAAAACGGGAAUUCGACCUGAAGACAGAGCAGUUGAUCCAUUCUGCGAAAGUCGCCAACAACGCCGUGAAGCGGAACGUCUUACCCCCGCCGCCGCGCACGCCGGCCAGCAACAUGGCUGCGAACAACGGGGGCACGACCAUCGGAUUCUUUCCGAAAAAUAACUUCGGUGGAGACGGAGCUGCAGGUAGUACUAGUAGUGCCGCUCCUGCUGUAGCUGCGGGGGAGCGGUCCAGUCGAAAUCAGGACAUCAACCGCAUGAAGGACGGAAGCCGAAGCACGACGCACAGGUCCUAUCCCACCAGGAAGAAACUGUUUCACUGUGAUGAUUUUGCGGUAACGGUACCUACUUAUCAACAUCUGCAGCGUCACAAGUUUGUCACAAACACAUGAGGACAAAGAAAAUUUUCCAUGCACGCUUUCCAACAAGGGAAAACACCAGCACGUUUGAAAAUCCAAUGUCUUGCUGCAGGUGUUGCAAGACAAAUUUAAUAGUUUCAUUCUAUGCAUCACCAUCACAAGCUCAACACAUUGAAGCAGUUUUUUCUUGCGAUAGAUCCGCAACGGGCGGUAAUAAUGCGGUGAGCACGUCGGUUUUGAAACCGCCGGGACGGGCGUGA